UCCCACCUCGGGCAUUCUGUUUCCGUCCAAUCCUGUCGUGUGCUUCUUCUCUUCCAUUCUAAAAAUCCAAAUCUAGGGCUCAAACCAGAAGGCAAAUCGGCGAACUGGCUGAGAACCAACGAUGGGUUGCCUGAGAGGCUGAGACUCUUGAGUGUUUUGGAAGGUUCACGAGCACGACUCCACGACGGCGUAUCUGAGACUAAGAACCGAAUUCACGAAUAGCAGGUCCACGACUCCAGUCCCUCAACUCACUCCUCGAGCGCCGAGAUCAUAGAGAUCUCUUCCUAGAGCCGGCUUUGGCGACGGCAAACGAAGACAAAAGUCCAAGAACGGCUCAGAUUCGUCGCAGCCGAAGAAGAUUCUAGUUCAGUUAAACAGAGAAAAGCUUCAAAUCUCAGAUUUUUUUGUCAAUUCAAUCUGUAGACAGGAAAAGCAGCUGUUCGGCAAGAAAACUUUGCUGCAUGACCUUCUGACAUUUCUGCAAUGUCAGGGUUACUUAAUUCAUCUUUGAAUGGGUCGGCUUCAAAUCUUCCUGACAAUGCUGCGCGCUCUUUUGCUACAUCUUUCUCUGCUCAAUCUGGUGCAGCCUCCCCUGUUUAUCAUCACACAGGAACUAUUCAAGGAUUGCACAACAUUCAUGGGAACUUUAAUGUUGCCAACAUGCCUGGCACACUUGCAUCUAGGAACUCCACACUAAGUAAUGUUCCUUCAGGUGGUGUUCAACAGCCUACUGGAAGCCUUUCUAGUGGACGUUUUGCAUCUAGCAAUGUUCCUGUGGCUCUUUCUCAGAUUUCUCAUGGAAGCUCACAUGGUCACUCAGGCAUGACAAAUAGAGGUGGAAUUGGUGUUGUUGGAAGCCCUGGAUUUAGUAGCAGCAAUAAUGGAGUUGGUGGUUCUAUUCCUGGCAUUCUGCCAACUUCUGCAGCGAUUGGUAACCGAAGUGCUGUUCCAGGACUUGGAGUGUCUCCAAUUCUGGGAAAUGCUGGUCCUCGAAUAACCAGUUCAAUGGGAAAUAUGGUAGGUGGGGGAAGCAUCGGGAGAAGCAUGAGUUCUGGUGGAGGAUUAUCUAUGCCUGGUCUUGCUUCUCGCCUAAAUCUAGCUGCCAACAGUGGUUCUGGGAAUUUAAAUGUGCAAGGCCCUAACAGACUAAUGAGUGGUGUUCAACAAGUUUCUCCGCAGGUGAUUUCUAUGCUAGGAAACUCCUAUCCAACUGCUGGUGGGCCAUUAUCUCAGAGCCAUGUCCAGGCAGUGAACAAUCUUAGUUCUAUUGGGAUGUUAAAUGAUGUAAAUUCAAAUGAUGGUUCUCCCUUUGAUAUAAAUGAUUUUCCUCAGCUAACCAGCCGUCCCAGUUCUGCUGGAGGGUCUCAAGGACAAUUGGGUUCACUUCGUAAACAAGGUCUUGGGGUUAGUCCCAUUGUUCAGCAAAACCAAGAGUUCAGCAUCCAGAAUGAAGAUUUUCCGGCUUUACCAGGAUUCAAAGGUGGCAAUGCUGAUUAUGCCAUGGACUUGCACCAGAAAGAACAGCUUCAUGAUAAUGCUAUGUCUAUGAUGCAGUCUCAACAUUUCUCUUUGCAGAUGGGGAGAUCUGCUGGAUUCAACUCAGGAGGAACUUAUUCAUUGCACCGUGCACAGCAGCAACAGCAACAUGCUCCAUCAGCCAGUAGUGGUGGCGUCUCCUUUUCAGGCAUAAACAACCAGGAUCUUCUGCAUCUACAUGGCUCUGAUAUUUUCCAGUCCUCUCAUUCGAGCUAUCACUCGCAGACCAGCGGACCACCUGGCAUCGGACUAAGGCCUCUGAACUCUCCAAAUGUGGUUUCUGGUAUGGGGUCAUACGACCAGCUUAUCCAGCAGUAUCAACAACAUCAAAAUCAAUCCCAGUUCCACCUUCAGCAAAUGUCUGGCAUAAAUCAGUCAUAUAGGGAUCAAGGCUCAAAAUCCAUGCAGGCUGCACAAGCUGCUCCUGAUCCAUUUGGUUUGCUUGGUUUGCUAAGUGUAAUAAGAAUGAGUGAUCCUGAUCUGACUUCUCUUGCACUUGGAAUUGAUUUGACAACGCUUGGGUUAAACUUGAAUGCAACUGAAAAUCUUCACAAGACAUUUGGAUCGCCAUGGUCUGAUGAGCCUGCUAAGGGUGAGCCAGAGUUCUCUGUGCCACAAUGUUAUUAUGCUAAACAACCACCUCCGUUAAAUCAAUCUUAUUUUUCAAAGUUCCCGUCGGAUACAUUGUUUUACAUUUUCUACAGCAUGCCAAAAGAUGAAUCCCAGUUAUAUGCUGCAAACGAACUAUACAGCAGGGGUUGGUUUUAUCACAGAGAGCUUCGUUUAUGGCUUACAAGAGUUUCCAACAUGGAGCCACUUGUUAAGACAAACACUUAUGAGAGAGGAUCGUAUAUCUGUUUUGAUCCAAACACAUGGGAAACAAUCCGCAAGGAUAAUUUUGUCGUGCCUUAUGAAAUGUUGGAAAAAAGGCCAGCCGUACCUGCUCAACAUUAGCUCAUAUUCCCAGUUUGUGUUGUAAAAAGUUUAAAGUUUAGCUCAUUGUUAGGAUGCAAAUAAGUUUCCCCUGGCUUUAGCGUUCCUCCUAUUGGCCAUUGUAAGCAAUUUUCCUUUCGGUGUUUUCCAUUUGUCAGCCUUGGCCAUUGUAAGCAAUUAUGCAUUAAUGUCCUUGCAAUUAUCAGCUAACUAGCCUCUUGUCUAUUAUAUGAAGUUGAAUAUAACAGUAGAGAAAAAUAAUGAAAUGUUUUCGUGCCUGUUCUCUGAAAA